AUGAGGCUGGUACUUCCUAACCCCGGACUGGAUCUCCGGAUCCCUAGCUAUGAGGAUCUGGACAGGAUGGAUAAGGAGGAGGAUGACAGGCCCAAGUGGGACAACAAAGCCCAGUACAUCUUAACCUGUGUGGGCUUCUGCAUUGGGCUCGGCAACGUGUGGCGAUUCCCUUACUUGUGUCAAAGUCAUGGAGGAGGUGCCUUUCUGAUUCCCUACCUGAUCCUGAUGGUGCUGGAAGGAAUGCCUCUCUUGUUGCUGGAGUUUGCCAUUGGUCAGCGUCUCAGGAAAGGCAGUGUAGGAGUGUGGAGGUCCAUCAACCCUUAUCUGACAGGUGUUGGUAUAGCAUCAAUGCUGGUGUCCUUAUUGGUUGGACUUUAUUACAACACCCUAGUAGCCUGGAUCAUUUGGUAUCUCUUCAAUUCUUUUCAAAACCCGCUGCCUUGGACCCAGUGUCCUCUUAAUGAAAAUGGGACAGGAUUUGUAGCAGAGUGUGAACAGAGCUCCACUGUUGAUUAUUAUUUCUACCGAGUGACUUUGAGUAGUACCACCUCGAUAGCUGACUCUGGAGGAAUCAACUGGCCCAUAGUGCUGUGCCUGUUAACUGCCUGGACAAUUGUGGCAAUCUGCUGCAUAAGGGGAAUCAGCACAGCAGGAAAGCAUGUAGUCACAGCCAUCUUGCUUACAUAG